UGGCUGGAAAACAAGCCGCCCGCCCACCAUUUCUUCUAGACACGACUAUGCGGAUUUUGUUGUUUUUGGGACUAUUUGCUUUGGCGCUGGCGAAGUCGGCACCGCUGCUCCUGAUUGAUUCGGCACCUUCGGUUGUCUCCUAUCAGGGCUCCUCGCAGACCCACACACGAUUUGUCAUUGCGCCCAUGGGUCGUGCCCUGGGCUAUGUGGAGCCCACUAAUCUAAAUCGCACAUUUCACACAAUGCCCGACCAGGAUAGUCAUGAUCUAUUCCAGCCGAGACCUGUUUAUGUGCCCUAGUCUGUAUAGUUAAUUGUCAUUUAGUUAGGCUGUGUCAUUGUACAUAUAUACAUACAAAUAAAAAUCAAAAUUGAAUUGUCA